AUGAAUAUCGAAACAAUACCUGUGGAAAUUAUUCACAAAGUUUUCAAAGUUUUAUAUGAAGAAGCUUUGCUAACAGGUUCUUUUCGUUAUUUAUACUCAUGCAUUACUGUCUCAAGAACAUGGUGUACCAGUGCAAUCCCAAUUCUUUGGUCAGCUUUUAAAUCUUCAAAGUAUUCCAUAAUUCAAACUUUAGUUUCAUGCCUUAAUGCAAAUAGAGAACGAUAUAAUGAACUCGAUAACAUAAUUUUAAUAUUACAACACGAUGCUAAACCAACUUUAUUUAACUAUCCAUCUUUUGUAAAAAUAAUUGAUCAUUAUGAACUCAAUUCUGCUGUAUAUAAUUGGAGUAAUGUGAAUCACUAUGAACAAUAUGGAGAUGCAGUAUUAUAUUAUAUGUUGAAAUCAUUCAAAGAUAAUAGCGCUAGACUGGAAACUUUGAAGAUUGAAAAUGUUAAUGAUUGGAUUCCUUUAAAAAAUGGAUUUAUGAUGUUCGUAAAACCGGAAUUUUCUAUAUGGUUAUCUAAUUUAAAGGAACUUGUUGUUGAAUUAUCUAAUGAAGAAGAUACGUUUCUGGAAUUGUUAACAAAUCAUUGCCAGAAUUUGAGGAAUAUAAAAAUAAGGUUCUAUGAUCAAAUCAUUCCGGAGCAUUCAGCAUCAAAAAAUAUACAAAACAUUUACACUUUAAUAUCAAAGCAAAAGGGCUUAAAAUCUUUGAAAAUCUCAUUUUGUAAAUUAUCUGUCCAAACAAUAAUUCGAGCCAUGCUGAGUCAAGCCAAUACAUUACAAGAAGUGGAAUUUUGGAUCAUAGAUUUCUCAAAGUGUGAUGAGAUUGGAGGACUGGUUGCAUGUAAAAAUUUAAAAGGUUUGGUGUUCGAACAUUGCAGAAAUCUUAGCUCUGAAUGUUUUAAGUCAUUGGUUUUUGUAAAAUUUCAAAAGCUAAAAAGUGAUGAGGUCGUUGAAACGAAGUGUGAUGCCCUAAUUACAUGGAGCAAAAAUUUUGUAAAUGGGUGA